AUGAAAUCUGUUGCUGAGAUGAACAAGAAGUUGGACAUUCUUAUUGAGUCAUCCCAAGGUGGUCUUACUCACAAUGGAUCUCAGUCUGAAGAUGCUCUUCGUUCUUCAGAAAAUGAGGAUGAUGAAGAUUCCACUUCAGAGGAAGAUGAGGAUGAUAAAAUCGACGAUGACAAAGGAGAUGAACAUCAUGACGAUGAAACUGAUGAUGAUGAUGAUGAUCUUGGUGGAGCUGGUAUUGGUGCUGGUCAGGAUGAGGCUCACACGGGGGAUGUUCGUAAUGAUGAGGGUGUUGCUGUCCCCGAGGUUGUUUCGAGGGAUGAUGAUACCGACAAGGUGGAUGAUGCCAAGAAUUCUGACCCUGUGGAACCUGUUGCAGAGAUCAAACAGCCUGAACAGUCUCAAGGUGGGGAGGAGAACAUUGAUGUUGAUGCAACAAUUGCAUCUGCUGUUAAAGCUGUGGAGAAUUUGUGUUUUGAUUGUACUUUUUGA